UUAACCCCCAAAAAGAUGACUUUCACCGCAAAUCCCUUCCACAAACACCCCAAACCAUUUCUUUCCCCUCAAACAUUCUCGCAUUUCCACUCAAACUCCCUCAAAAUAGGAUUGUUUUACCCCAAGUCCCAUUACAAACUCCCCCCAAAUCCAACUUUUAUCACCCAUCUGCUCACACCUUUCUCGGAGGUGAUGUGUGAGAUCUCCCCUCAGUGUCCUUUGCCCCAGACGAAUAGGCCACAUUAGAGAGAGCUUUUCAGGUAUCAUCUGUUUUCCUGACCACACAAACCACCCUUCUUACCAUUCCCGCCACCAUCUGUGUUACACUGGGGGUGUGCACUGCUCUAUGCAGAUAACGCAUUCCAUUACCACAAAUCAUCCCCUUUGUGACUGUUCUCACUCACUGCGUUUUCCUGGUCGAGCUGUGAGAAGUCGGGAUAGUGACAUCUCCUCCGCCUGUAUUCUUCUGCCAAAAAAAACACACAGCAAGACUUAAACUGCAAGCUUUAAGCACGUAAACUGUGAAAUAUCGUGGCACCGAAGGAAAACCACAAGCUUGUCAGCAUUUACAGGUCAGGGGUGAUGGUGGUUGCCCAGCAGGAGGACAUCUGGUGACACCACCUGGAGGACAUCUGACAUCACAAUGACAGGAGCUUUCCUUAGUCCACCUGUGCCCAGUCCUGCCACACUUCCCCAAAGGGCAGUGGAGGAGGAACAGGGGAAGACAUUUCCUAGUCGGAAUCACAGCCAAAAUGAUGAAGUAUCCCUUCAUCAGAUUCCCAGCACUGAAAGUGCUCAGCCUGGCAGAAGUCGUAAGAGUUUGGGACACUGUGUCUGAGUACAUGCUGCAGCAGAUUGCACUGAACAAGGGUGUGGCAAUAGAUGGCCUUGGUGUUUUCUACGUGCUGAGACAGCACUACAGUAAAUUGAACGGGGAUGUGCUUGCACCGAAAUUUCAUCUGUUGGAGGGAGUUAUGCAGGCUCAGAGGAUCAGCCAUGCCAACAGAGACGUUCCUGAUGACCUCCAAGUCGUCCCCCUGGACUAUUCUCAGCUCUCCCUGAAGACAACUGUUUCUGAGAAGAUGGUGGAGGAAUGCGUGAAUGACCUGGUGGUGCUUUUCACCUGGGGUGCAGGGCUCGGAGAAGAUUAUGACCUUGUUUUCAAGGGCAUAGGUAUCCUUAGGAGCCGAGAUAAUAUCCUCAGAAUGACUUACUACAAAGACUUUCUUCUUGCCAUCGAUGGCACUGGAACAGUGUUGAACUGCAUGCUCUCUAACCCACUUACGCGGAUUAAUGUGAUAUCAGACAAUGACUCUUCUGCUUUCCACAUGAGUCCUCAGGGGAUUCGUGUGCUGCCCAUGUUUGAGAUUAAGCUCCCCCCUGGAAGAACAGCUGAAGACUUUUUUCUCAUGAAGGGAUCUGGGAACAAACAAGUUGUAGGAACCCCUGGUAGCCGGUGUCAACAUCCUCAAAUGAGGCAUUCACCAGGCAAAUUGACAAGAGCCAGGAAGGCAAAAGGGGAAAAAGAGAGUACAAAGAGUGAAGAGUUUCACCAGCUGUUACCCACUUGGAAGUUCCAGUUGGAACAGCAGGAAGACAUGGUUGAGGAGCGAGAGAAAGGGAGUCAUCCCGAAGACAGUGUUCCUCCUGGAAGGAAAUUUUCUGUCAGGACGUUACCCGUCCUGAAGCCUGAAGAGAAGGUGGAGGCACGCUUCGAAGUUAAGCCCCCAGAAAGGUCAGAGUUAUCGCAGGUGCCUCCUCUGACACCGAGGCCUCCUGCGAUGUCUCCGGGAAAGCCUGAUGAACAAGGCAGAGGGAGUCAUCCCGAGAAAAGUGAGAAAAAGGGAGAAAGAAGACAAAGUAAUGCAUGCGUCCUGACAGAGGCUUGCCAAUUUCUGCUAUGUGCAUUAGAGCAUGGAAAGAAAGCCCUUCUCAAAGGGAGUCAUCCCGAGAAGAGUGUUCGUAAUGGAAGAAAGCAUUCCAUCAGGACGUUACGCACCCAGAAACCUGAAGAGAAGGUGGAGGCACGCUUUGAAGUUAAGACCCCUGAAAGGUCAGAGUUAUCACAGGUGCCUCCUCUGACACCGAGGCCUCCUGAGAUGUCUCCGGGAAAGCCUGAUGAACAAGGCAGAGGGAGUCAUCCUGAGAAGAGUCUCCAUCCUGGAAGGAAGAUUUCUUCCAGGACUUCACGUGACAGGAGGGCAGAAGAGGAGAAGGGUGUGUCAGGUCUGACAGGGAAGCCCCCAGAAAGGUCAGAGUUAUUGUGGAUGCCCCAUCUGACUCCGAGGCCUCCCAAGAUGCCUCCAGGAAAGCCUGAUGAACAAGGCAGAGGGAGUCAUCCUGAGAAGAGUCUCCAUCCUGGAAGGAAGUUUUCUUCCAGGACUUCACGUGACAGGAGGGCAGAAGAGGAGAAGGGUGUGUCAGGUCUGACAGGGAAGCCCCCAGAAAGGUCAGAGUUAUUGUGGAUGCCCCAUCUGACUCCGAGGCCUCCCAAGAUGCCUCCAGGAAAGCCUGAUGAACAUGGCAGAGGGUGUCUUUCUGAGAAAAUCUUCGUUAAUCAAGGGAGGUUUUGGCCCAAGAUAUCUAAUCAAUUUGAAAUGGACUUGUGGAAGGGUGUAUAUAAGCCAGCAGACAGUGUGGCACUGCAAAUUGUGGGGAAGUCCCUGCUGAAGGGCAGGACCCCAAGUCAACCACCGCCGCCAGGAGGAGCGCAUGCACAAGGGAAGUCCACCUGCGCCCAAAGCCGACCGCGCCUCAGACACUGCUCUAUGGACACGUGUGGCCUGCCAGGUGGAGUUUGUCAUACCUCCCCAGGACUGAGGUGGAGCAAAGGCAGGUCUCAAGGAGGAAGCAGGUGUAUGUGCCUGUGAAGAUCUCUGUGCAGCUCCACACUGCCCUGCUAGCCAUCCAGCAGGUUGGGAAGAGCAGAAGGAAGGGCUGGAAGCUAGAGCACCUGUGGUUCCUUGGAUGCAUCUCUUCGAGCAGAGGUGGUGUUGUGCCCUCCUGCACUGCCUUCUUCUCCCCAGCCAGCAGCAGGGGACAGGAUGGACCUCCUGAACUGUGUGAGAAGGUGCCAGGAGCUGCUUCUGCCUGGAGGAGUCAAGAGUCCCAUCAGCCUCUGCAGAACUGAAGAAAAUGUGGCACAUCAGAGCCCAGGCAGGACUCCUCUAAGUGGUAGCGACCAGCCUGUACUUGAAAUGGAUCUGCUGGAAAUAAAAAUGCUACUGCAAACCUCAGGCGGAGUGGACAGCCAGAGUCUGGAUGUGGUGGCGGGAUAGGAUAACCUGGGCAGAGGUUCCUGAAGCCAUUUCUGAGGCCUUUGAGUACUAUGAUUUCUGUGAGGGCAGUGAGAGAAGACACAGUCAUUGCGUUCGGUCCCCCAUAACGGCAGUGGGACAAGGAGCCAGCAGAGGCUGUCCCUGGCAGCAGGGGGCAGAGCCUGGGAUGGUGAAAAUGCACUGCCUUGCAGAGUGCCAGCCAGCUAUGUCCCCCUCCCUUCUCUGCAUCACUGACAGGAUAAGGGGUCCUCGUGUCCAGCUUGGAUACCGGCAUCCAAAGUGACAGGCCCCGAUCAGCAGGGCUGAAACAAAAUCAGUGCCCCAUGGAUGAUCCGUAUCACGUUGCUCUGUGCACUCUAUAACUGUAACUUCUUGCAUUGCUGUGAUCAGUAGAAUUGUGCUGUGCUGCUGUGACUGUACCUUCUCCAGCACACGCAGGAUGUGUGUGCACCGCUGGGGGGUGAUGGGCACGGUGAGACCCCUCUCUGCCUCUCGGGAGCUGCUGUGCCCUUCGGAGGGGCUGUGGCUGUGGUUGGAUGGCCAGAGCUUUGCAGCCCCAUUUGAUGGGCAGUGCCAUGGGACCAGCCCAGACUGGGCUGCUUGAUUGCUCUGGGCUGUUGGAGAGGACAGGAGGUGGGGAGAGGCUGGGCUGGAAAGAGCCCAGGAGAGGAAAACACCAGUGUGGAGCUGAGCUGUGAGCGUGCAGGGUGAGGGCACCCAGCAGGUGCUCACGGUGCAGAGCCAGGUGUGAUGGUGAAGGAAGGAAGGACCAACGGGGCGAAAGAGAUGGACCCGGUCUGUGCUAUGUUCCCUGGAGACUGUGAGAAAGCUGCCCCAGGGAAAUCGUCCCAGAUGAGUCCCACACCCCAGCCAUUUCCAUAUCUGGCUGAACAUCCCAAGCCUGAAGAGGGACUUUUACUGCAUGGUCACCUCUGUCCUCCUCCUUUGCUCACUGAUACCCAACUCCACCACCAUUAUCAAUAAAAAGGGAACCCGUUUCCUACUGAUGUUUCCUGCGCACCAGUCCCACAGCUCUUGCCACCGCUGGUCUCCUGGCCAAGCCCUUUCUCACAGAGCUCCGAACACAUCAGAGGCUCAUGGUCUUGGCUCAUCAAACACUGAGAAAGUCCAUGGAUUGGCCCCUCAGACACCCAAUCACAGAAACAUUAAGGCUGGAAAAGCCUCUGGGUUUCCCCAACCCAGCCCCGUGCACGGAACAUCCCAAAGUGUCAACUACGCUCGGUCUGGAACCCCCAGGGGUGGAGAAUCCCCCACUGCCCUGGAGCCUCUGCCAGGGCUUCACUGCUCUCACAUAAAGGCAUUUUCCCUCAUGUCCAACCCAAACCUCCCGUGGUGCAGCUCAAGGGCGUUUCCUCUCGUCCAUUGACACCAAAAAUGCCACAAAUCCGGGUCUGAGACUUGUGUUGGAGGUUUAGAAAGUGAGCAUGCUUGGCCAGGGCUGGGCACAACAGGUGAUCUCCAGUGAUCUCCAUCAAUCACGGGCAGCGAGGCAAAGGCUGGGACAGAAUCUAUUUCCCACUUCCAUGCCUAUGGAUCAAUUGUCCCAGAAAUCUUAUGCCUGUUCUGUUACUUUCCAAGGGCUGAUUUUAAUGUUGUCAUGAACUUCACAACACAAUUUCUGCUACGUCCAUCAGAACAGGGAGAGAAAGCCUUUCUCGGAGGUGAUGUGUGGGUCAGAAAAAUGCCCACCCUGUGGCUGCGUUUGCCCCAAAUUUUCAGUGUGCAGAGGUUCCCUGAGGCAGAAGAGCCUUCAACAGUGCAACACAACUGAUGGGGGUUGCCCUGCUGAAGAGCACAACCCCAGCGUGCGCUGGGCCCCAGUGUGUCUAUUUUUGGAAAAUCGUUGAAGAGGAGACACCUAUGAGAAGCCAAUCUGAUACUGAUUUGUAAAGAAGAAAUACAGGUAGUUAGGAUCAGUUAAAUCCAAGUUUUAUUCCAUUAAGUAAUGGAACACAUAUAAAGAAAUUAUAACUCUCUUGUGAAUAGCAGGAUUGCAAACAGAAUACGUUUAUAACGAAUGUGAGUUAAACCUCAGGGAACUCGGGAAGGUUGAUUUUUUUCUUUUCACAAAGUUACUCAAUAAAAUGAUAAAAUCAAUGUGAUGUGAUGUGUAAAGCUUGAAAACAGUCCUGAGGAGCAUUUCAGAACAGGUGAAAAAUUUUUGUGAUACUUUAAGCUAACUACUGCAUUUGCUGUAGGGAAACAACCCUCGAUUACUGGGAGAGUAGAUUACAUGACUCAAUUGCAGAUGUUCUAUGAAAGAAAAUAUUAUGUAUUAAGGAAUUAACUGAACUUCCUUUGCAAUCAAAGGGAAAACUCCAGAUGGACAGACUCAAAUAAUCAUUUCUCGGUCUUCUGGCGAAACACUCUUCAAGUAAUAUAUACUCCAUUUUAAAAUAGAUUUGAAAAUUUGAGAAUUGUGUUUUCAUUUCAAUUAAAAAGUAAAAAUAGCUGCAAUAGUUUUUAUUGGUAUGCAUUGUGUUGUGUCCAAACACUGGGAAUGAGAUUUCAAGAACAGCAUUGA